AUGAAUAUUGAAAAAACGAAUGAAAUAGAAAAAUUAAAUGAAGAACAAUCGAAUUUAAAACAAAUAAAAGAUGGAGAAAUUAAAAAAUUAGAAGAAAUUAUUAUGGAGAAAAAUCAAUUAAUUGACAAUAUGAAUGAACGUCUUUCUACUAAUAAUCAAAUACAUUUGAAUACAUCAGAACAUGAAACAAAUAAUGAAAUACCAUCUAAUAAAAAUGCUGAAUUAACAAGAAAAACGCUUUUGAAACCAAAUGUAAAAAAUCAAUAUUUUUUGAUCAAUGAAAAAUCAAUAAAAUCGGAUGAUUCCCAUAAUAAUAAUAAUAAUAAUAAUAAUAAUAAUAAUAAUAAUAAUAAUAAUAAUAAUAAUAAUAAUAAUAAUAAUAAUAAUAAUGGUAAUAACAGUAAUGAUAAUAAUAACAAUAAUGAUAAUAAUGAGCAAUUAUUUCAUUAUCUUACCAAUGAUAAUUAUAUUAAAAAUUUAAUUCAAAAAUGUUCAUUAUCAUCAUAUUCAAUGAAAAUUAUCAAUAAAUGUAUAAAACAAUAUCAAACUAUAUUAAUACAAUAUUAUAAUGAAAUAAUAAAUUUAAAAAAUAAUAUAAAAUUAAUAUUAGAUUAUCAUAAAGAUGAUUUUAAAUUAAUGAUGAAUAUUAUUGAUGAAUUAAAACGACAACAACCACAGCAACCACAACCAUCACCACCACAACAACAACUACCACCACCAGAGCAACAAUCAAAGCAACAACAACAACAAUAAAGAAAAGAAAAGAUAUAAAGAAAUACACAUUUAAAAGAAAAAAAAAGUAGUACUUUUAUUGAUUUAUUAAUGGGUUUAUUCAAUGUGAUCGUUUUUUUUAAAAAUAUUUUUGUUGGUAUAAGAUAGAAUUCUCAGUACAUGGUUGUUAUAUCUUUUGGGCUGUGUACCCUGUUAAUUGUAUAAUGUGAUGAUACUGCUAACUACAGAGCAGUGACUUAUCGAUUGAACCAGUGACGCGUAAAAAACACGUGUGAGAAGUCUAGAGUACUUAUCGGUCCUGCUUCCUGCCUAGGCCAACCAGUUAAGUCCAGAACACCAAUC